AAUGAGGAUAGGAUAUCUGAUAAAUCAUGUCAAAAAAGAUUUACAUGAAAAAUUUAAAAAACGUGGAAAAUAAUGACAAAAAAGCAAUAGUAAAGAUUAUAAAGCAAGAAAGACAAUCAAUGCGUCAAAUUUUGGAAGAAAGAAACAUGUAUCGUUCACGAAUGCGAAUUCAAGAGAUGCGUGAUCUAUGUUUAGCUGUAGAGGAAUCUGAACGAGAUUAUGAAAUAAAUAAGCGGUUUUCGGACGAUAACUGGCCGGAUCCAAUUCAAGUCGCGCUCAGUGUUUAUCACGAUAAUUCAUCUAACUACACACUUUAUGAAAGGGUAGAAGAUUACCUUUCAAGUUCUGAAACUAACGUUGGCUCUGCUCCAUCCCUAAUUACUCCUCCAAUCCAGAAAAUACCAUUAUCCCAAUCACAGAUAGAGCUGGAUGUUUCUAAUCUUAUAAGCUACUCUCAAAUCCCAAAUAACAGUGAGCAAUUUUACUCUCCUAGUUCUCCACAACUGUGCUGCAGAGUGCUACACACCGUGAAAGUCGAGAUUCACAAUGAACCUAGGGAGGGAUUGGGGUACAUCAGUGAGACUGAUUGUGCAGCGCCACCUAAAAAACCACGUUUACUUAGUAAUCUGAAAAUGUCAUUAGAGUAUGACUCCAUUGAAGAGUUGGUCUAAGUUAUGUCCGAAAUUCUUCGUGCAUAAAAUAUCUUUUGUUGAACCAUUUCUUUGUUAUCUACGCUUUUGAUUAUAUACUAAUUGUUGCUACUGGGUUUAAUUCGAUUUAGAAAGAAAAUAAUUCAUUUUUCGUAAAUUUCAUAAAAAUAAAUCAAGGUCAAAUUGAAAUCAUGAGUACCGAUGUUCUUUG